AUGGCCGGCGGCCCCCGCGCGGCCUCACAGGUGCGCACCGACCAGCGCAGGGGCCACAAUGUAACUUUGGUCCACGGCCUGGAGGGCUACGGAGUCGACCAGGAGGCGUUCGCCGCUUGUCUACAAAAGGCUUUGGCAUCGAGUACCACAGUGGAGGAGGCAGCGCCAGGGCAGCAGGCGGGCGUGAUGGUGCAGGGUCUUUGGGACGUCGCCGUGGGCGAAUGGCUCGGGAAGAUCGGCAUCCCCUCCGAGAGUAUACAGCAGCAGGCGAAGAAAGGCUUGCAGCAGAAGAAGGUGAAGCAGGACGGUUUCGUGCUCUCGGUGCUCGGCGGCCUCGCCUUCGGGAUCCACUGCGACCCUCUCACACGCCCGUUCGAGACGCUGGGCAUGCUGAAGCAGUUGUCGUGA